CAUCAAACUGUGGCUCUGUGUGGUUCUGGAGGUGGAAACAGUUGAGUCUCCUCAGUCCCCGCCGGCGCCGCCUCCUCCCUGGUCUGCAGCGGAGGACAGAGGACACAGGACAGACUCACGGAGGAGACUUCUGCAAGGAGACGCGGGGGAAGGGCCACAGAGAGGACUCCAAACCUGCCAAUGCUGCUGAGCCCCUCGCCAGAUCUGUCUAGGUUUUUCAUGAGGACUCGUCCAGGAUCCAUCACCACUUGCUGACCACCACCCUUCGGAGGCUGCCAUGUCCGUCUGAGCCCACACAUCCUUGUGCAGCCAUGGCCCAACAGAGCACUGAGCUGUCCCGUUGCUAGGUGACAGGGCAUCCGAGAGGGCAGAAGACAUGUUGGGACGGAGGGCCGGAGACCACUGCACUGAAUUCUGUUACUUUACCAACUACUGUAGUAACCAUGGAAACGCUACAGAGGGCUGGUCUGGUCUGCAUUGUCAUCGUCAUCACGGUUGCCACAGAGGUCGAAGGAGGUCAGAAAAAUGAGUUCUCCCAGUCGCAAGCUGCCUUCCUGUCCAAUCUAGGUCGUUAUGAGAUUGCCAUCCCAGUACGCGUAGGACCCAACGGUGAGGCGCUGGACACAGAAACGCAGCCACAUCACAGAAGAAGGAGCCGCAGCACUGAAGACGGACUGCCCGACUCUCUCUUCUACCAGCUGUCCACUUCACGCAACAACUUCCUGCUUAACCUCACGCUGCAGGGAGGGCUCCUGUCGCGACAGUUCAGGGUGGAGUACUGGAAGAAGGGACGAUUAGCCUGGAGUCAUCCUUACUCUCCCCAUUGCCACUAUGUGGGACACCUCCAAGACCAGCCGCACUCCAGCAAAGUGGCCCUUAGCAACUGCAAUGGCCUGCAGGGGGUGAUUGUUGCAGGGGGAGAGGAGUACCUGAUUGAACCCCUUGUCUCACCAGAUAACCAGACCAGGACUGAGAAGGGGGAGGGAGCUGAGGGGCGUCCCCAUGUGGUUUACAAGCGCUCAUCGCUCCGCCAUCAGUACAAGGGCCAAUCCUGUGGAGUCAUUGAUGAGAAGCCGCUGAAGGGUGCGUCAUGGUGGCAGAGAACUCUGAAGACGCCGCCGCAUCAUGUGGGCCGCGGCCAGCUGCCUCUGAAGCGCUCAGUUAGCCGGGAGCGCUACGUGGAGACGCUGGUGGUGGCCGACAAGAUGAUGGUGGGUUACCAUGGUCGCAGAGACAUCGAGCAGUACAUCCUGGCGGUCAUGAAUAUUGUUGCCAAACUUUUCCAGGAUUCUAGCCUGGGGAAUGCAGUCAACAUUGUGGUUACGCGGCUCAUUCUGCUCAUGGAAGACCAGCCAACGCUAGAGAUCAACCACCAUGCAGGGAAGUCUUUAGACAGCUUCUGUAAGUGGCAGAAGAACAUUCAGCACCGGAGCAGCUACGGUAACGCCAUACCAGACAACGGGAUCGCUCACCAUGACACUGCUGUGCUUAUCACCAGAUACGACAUCUGCAUCCAAAAGAACAAGCCCUGUGAAACCCUAGGUUUGGCUCCUGUAGGAGGGAUGUGUGAGCCAGAGAGAAGCUGCAGCAUCAAUGAGGACAUCGGCCUGGGGACAGCCUUCACAAUCGCCCACGAGAUCGGACACACGUUUGGGAUGAACCAUGACGGAAUGGGGAACGCCUGCGGGCCGCGCAGCCAGGAGACCGCCAAGCUAAUGGCUGACCACAUCACCAUGAAGACUAACCCAUUCAUCUGGUCCGCGUGCAGCCGGGAUUACAUCACCAGCUUCCUGGACUCAGGAAUGGGCUCCUGUCUGAACAACGUCCCUCCCAAGCAGGAGUUUGUGUACCCCACCACAGCACCGGGUCAGGCCUACGAUGCAGACGAACAAUGCCGCUUCCAGUACGGCGUCAGAUCGCGACAAUGUAAAUAUGCGGAAGUCUGCAGUGAACUUUGGUGCAUGAGCAAGAGCAACCGUUGCAUUACCAGCAGCAUUCCCGCUGCAGAGGGAACUAUUUGUCAGACCAACACCAUAGAGAAAGGGUGGUGCUACAAGAGGGUGUGUGUGGCGUACGGGACACGUCCGGAGGGCGUGGACGGGGGCUGGGGGCUGUGGUCUCCCUGGGAGGAGUGCAGCAGGACCUGUGGAGGGGGAGUCUCCUCGUCGAUCAGACACUGUGACAGCCCCAGGCCAACUAUUGGCGGAAAGUAUUGUCUGGGGGAGAGAAAGCGCUUCAGGUCCUGCAAUAUUGAUGAGUGCCCUGCAGGCUCCAGGGAUUUCCGGAUUAUUCAGUGCUCUAAUUUCGACAGCGUUCCUUUCCGGGGAAAGUUUUACACCUGGAAGCCAUACAGAGGGGGUGGGGUUAAGCCCUGUUCUCUCAACUGCCUGGCAGAAGGAUACAACUUCUACACAGAGCGUGCUCCAGCUGUGGUGGACGGCACGCCUUGCCGAGACGACUCUCUGGAUGUGUGUGUUAACGGAGAGUGUAAGCACGUAGGCUGCGAUCGAGUCCUCGGCUCGGACGUCCGCGAGGACCGCUGCCGCGUCUGUGGGGGUGACGGCAGCAGCUGCGUGUCUGUGGAGGGACUCUUCAACGACUCGCUGCCGGAAGGAGGUUAUGAAGAGGUGGUCCGGAUUCCUAAAGGAUCAGUGUUCAUCCACCUACAAGAGCUCAACAUCUCCCUCAACUACCUAGUGCUGAAGAGUAAAGGAGACCAGUAUUUCAUCAACGGGAAGCUGACCAUCGACACGCCUCGCAGGUUCAAUGUUGCGGGCACCACCUUCCACUACAGGCGGCCCACUGAUGGACCAGAGACUCUCGAAGCCCUGGGGCCGACCAACAUAACCCUGAUUGUCAUGGUGCUGGUGCGGGAGGAGAACCCAGGGAUCCACUAUCGCUUCAACCCCCCCAUGAACAGGGAACCUCUGACUGGCUUCGCCUGGCACUACACCUCCUGGUCACGCUGCUCCGCUCUCUGUGCCGGAGGUGUGCAGACACAGCAGGUGGUGUGCAGGAAGCAGGCGGAUCACUCCGUUGUCUACAAUCACUUCUGUGACAAGAAAAACAAACCCAAGGAGAAGAGAAGAUCCUGCAAUACCGAGCCCUGCUCCUCAUCCUGGUGGACAGGAGAGUGGUCGGACUGCAGUCGCAGCUGUAACAGCGGCUUGCAGACGCGGGAGGUGUUGUGUAAAAGGAGGAUCUCUGUGACGGAGGAGAAGGUCCUGGACGACUCGGCCUGUACGAACCCGCGCCCUUCUCUCACUGAGCCCUGCAGCAACCAAAGCUGCCCCCCCGAGUGGCUGGCCCUGGACUGGUCAGAGUGUACGCCUAGCUGCGGUCCUGGCUACAGGCACCGUGUGGUCUUGUGCAAGAGGGGUGAGAGCGGUGACAAUCUGCCAGAUUCCAAAUGCUCCAAACAUGGCCGGCCCACCUCCAGGGUGCGCUGUAACCUGCAGCGAUGCCCCCCCCCUCAGUGGGUGACUGGUCCCUGGGGAGAGUGUUCUGCCAGGUGUGGUCUGGGUCAGGAGAUGCGUUCGGUUCAGUGUCUGACCCCCAACGGCCAGCCGUCCAAUGAGUGUCUGGAACAUCAGCGGCCGUCGGCCAUGCAGCAGUGCAAGAGCAAAUGUGACCUCAGUCUGCCCAUCAGUACAGACAACCCUGAAGAGUGUAAAGAUGUGAACACUGUGGCCUACUGCCCCCUAGUGCUCAGGUUCAAGUUUUGCAGCAGACCAUAUUUCAGACAGAUGUGCUGCAAGACCUGCCAGGGACACUGACCUGGACCCUGUGAAGCUCACAGCAUCCAGUUUAUGAGUCCUGCCCACACUCGCAGUUAGCCUGAAACCCUGAGCCUUGUGACAGCAGCCCUCACACUACCUCUGGCAGAGAAGUGUGAGAUCUAACUUCGGACGGGUCCUUUUUACUGUAAGUGGGACCUUUUUUCCAGUCAGAAUCCAACACAGACCAGGGCGACUCUCCGGGCCGAACUCUGCCAGAACAGCCAGAGGCGAGUUUUACGCUCCACUGGAGGGAGGGCUGCUUGACGCCUGGAGAGACGGAUAGAAGGAGGAAAUAACGUCCCUCCAUCGUCUGCCUUUCUUUCACUCUGUUGUAAUAUUUGGUGCUACUAUAUUUCUCCUUGGCCGCAGGGCUGGUCGCAGUACUCUCUUAAACCUGUAUGUGAACAGGUGCUAUUUGUUUAGUUAUAAAAUCCACUUUGUAAAGAAAAUAGUUUUUUCAGAUUUGUUUGGUCGCGAGGAGGAAUAUCUGAUGCUAUAAAAUGAAAGAUUUGUUUCUACGUUAUCUAAUAGCUAUUACUUGUCCACUUUGUUUUAUGCCAUGGCUUCGUUCCGUAUCAAUGUAUUGUUUAAGUCCUCGCUUUUAUUCCGCUGAAGUAAGAGCAGAGUUGGAUUUGCACAGUGUCAGCAGUCAGAGGACUAACGUAGUAAUGUGUUUUAUGUUCACUUAAUGUCUCUGUGGAAGUCUUUCAUAAGAAUCAAGUGGAAUCUGUGGAAGCUUUGAAUGUCUCACUGCAGUAAACGCGGCGUAGUGUUGCCAUUUAAUUAGUUUGCUUAAAUGUUAUCACCCCUUGGGUAAAAUAAAACAUACUUUCAUUGUGCUCGGUCAACACCGAUACACUGCCUUUAGUAAUGUGAGUGAUGUCAGUGCCGACUAACAUUUUCAGAUGGAUGGACGCUGUUCUCUGGCUGCGGACUGUCAGCUUGGGCACAGAAUCUGAACAGCUGGGCUCAGUGUCAUUAUCUGAAAAUGCGUCAGCGCUGUCCUUGCUUUCUUCAUGCUGGAUCAUUUUUGCCACAUGUUACGGCUCAUUCGAAGGUGCUAAUAACUUAAUGACAAUAUUCACUCUCUUUAGCUCUCUCUCUCUCUCUGAACUGCUGAGGGAAAUAUCUGCCUAUUUAACUGCUAAAUGCCCCCCCGGUCUCUAACUGUGUCUAGUGCCGGGUUGGUAGUGAACAGGAAGAGCUUUUCCACUGAAAACAGUUGCUGGCUGCGAACAAAAUCAAUGAGAUCAGAAAACCAAAGCUGUAAAGUUAUAGGCUGGUCAGCUAAACAAUGAGCUGGAAUAAAGUACCAUAAAGUUGAGAUCAUUUGCAGACUCAGGUGAUGAUUGUCUGUAGAUUAAUCACACACACUUCCUCCUUUUAUACAUUGAUGGUGUAUAAAUAUUGAUAUUGCUGCUCUAUGAAAUCAAAGCUGCAAAACCCCUGUGUGAGUCCACGUCAUCUUUUGCUAAUCUAAACAGUAAUCUGAUUAUGUCACCCUUAAAGUCAUUAGAAAAAGGUCAAAUCAGAUUUUUUUUAUUAAGGAAAUACAAAUGCAGAUUCAGCUGUUUUCCACCGUAAACAAUUUUAGAAAUGCUUCCUAAGCUGCUCAGAGAUCAGUCAUCACUGUGUCUGUGUCUUCGGUCUUGUGGUGCUUUGGUUUUGAGUGGUGCUAUCGGUUCACUGUUGUUGUCAUUGUUAUUAUUUUAACAAGUGUGCUUUUAAUUAUUUUGCAAUGAAUUUGAGCUUUUUGUUAUAAUACUAAUCUGCAUAUUUGGACCUUUACCUUUGAGGGCCAUGUUUGGGCUCCAUGGUUCAUUUCUAUCCAAAUAUAUGCUUUUACUUUACACCCUCGGACGUGGAUUAUGUGGCCACUCGGGCCUCAAAAUCCCCCAAAAUACUGCACACCAUGCAAAUUGUAGAAUUAGGUCAAAUACCGGAACAAUCAGAAGGGGCACUGUACAAAAUAUUGCCAUUUGCAAGCUAAAUUAUUAUUUUCUUUAAUAAUGAAAAUGAACCAAUGGUUGAGGAAUCAACUUGUCUUUCUGGAAUAAAAAUAGGUUAUGAGGAUCUCACAGUCAGAUGGUAGUGUGGUAGAUGGAAGUGUAUGACAUCACUGUGUGCAGUCUAGUCAGCCACAAUUUUCCAUGACUGAACAUCUUGAAAUGCCAUUUGUAUGAUUUUGAGUUGCACAAGUUUCAAGAGAUUUAUAUGUUAGUGUCUGUUCUAUGUAUCUACCUGUGCUUAUAAUUAAGGUUAACACUAAGAAGUGAGUAAAAACGAGGGACAGUACUGGUAGUUGUUUUAUUUUGUCACAUGCUGAUUAUAACAUGAAAUGAACUGUAUGUUUUCAAUAGUAUAUAGAUGACUCCAUUUGCCCCCCAUGUACAUCUGUUUAAAAGGAAAUAUUAAAUUGAUUUAAACAUGGUGCAUUGUUGAUUCAAAUAAAUAAGAUCUGGUCAUUUGA